GUUUAAGACAAGAAAAAGUUCCAAGUUUGGAAACAAUGAAAAGAAAAUGAAAAACCUUAUCGGCUUUUAUCAAACUGGGCCUAUUGGGUUAAAGUCCGAAAUGACAUUUGUUUUGCCUCAUUUGUUUGGCAAAACCCAGAAUCUAAACAAAUCGGCGGCGAAGGUAUGAAGUUCACAGACUCGCCGGUGAUAGAGCUCCCCGUCCGCGACGCCGUCCUCUCCUUCCAACAAGACAACGGCUCCCUCCACGUCGGCACCACCGUCUGGCCCUGCUCCUUAGUCCUCGUCAAGUUCGCCGAGCGCUGGGCCCCACCCAGCAACCACCAACCCCAAAACCCCUACUCCGACCUCCUCGAUUUCCGCUCCAAGCGCGCCGUCGAGCUCGGCGCCGGAUGCGGAGUCGCCGCCAUGGGGCUUUACCUCCUCGGCCUGACCGACGUCGUCAUCACCGACAUCCCCGCCGUGAUGCCGGCGCUGAAGCGAAACCUCAAGCGCAACAAACCGGUCCUCGGCAAGAACCUCAAGCACGCGAUUCUCCACUGGAACAAGGCGGACCAGAUCGCCGCUCUCAGUCCUCCGUACGACGUCGUUGUGGCGACCGAUGUGGUUUAUAUUGAGGAGACCGUGGGACCCUUGAUCUCCACCAUGGAGGCGAUGGUGAAGGACGACGGCGUCGUUUUGCUUGGGUACCAGUUGAGGUCGCCGGAGGCGCAUAAGCUCUUCUGGGAAAUGUGUGAAGGGGUUUUUGUGAUCGAGAAAGUUCCGCACCAGGAUUUGCACCCGGAUUACGCCUAUGAGGAGACCGAUGUCUAUAUCUUGCGCAAGAAGAAAAAGGAAAACUGACUCCUCAGCUCAGGUUUUUCAGUUGUUUUCAUGGAUUUUGUUUCGUUUGCUUGUUGUGCUGCUUCAAUUUUUAUGAUGGAAAUUUGUGUUUGUUUAGUACUGUAUUCUGCUUAGCACUCUGGUUGUAAAUAUGCUUACAAAAUGCUCGAAAAAUCUGAAAACUCUCAUGCCGGAGCGA